AUAAAAAAAACUUUUUUUGUGUGUUAUGUCCACAAAGGAAAUUAUAAAUAAAAACUUUUUCCAUUCUAUCAGUGACUCUACUUCAGUCGUUGGCAACGUUUGCGUUUUAAUAUAAUUUUUUUUUGUAAACAUCUCAAGUGAUUUUAAAGUGAUUUCCUUAGUUUAGUUUAGAUUAAUAAAGAAAAAAGAACGAUUUUAAUACGGCAAUAUGAAAGUGUUAAUAGUUUUGGUAGGCGUUAUUGCAGCUGCAAGUGCUGUAUCAUUUUUCGAAUUGGUCCACGAGGAAUGGAAAUCAUUUAAGGCUUCUCAUAGUAAGUCGUAUGAUGAUGAUACCGAAGAAAAAUUUCGCAUGAAAAUUUUCAUGGAAAACAAGCACCAUAUCGCAAAGCACAAUCAGCUCUUUGACCAGGGAAAAGUUACAUUCAAACUCGCACUGAAUAAAUAUGCCGAUCUUUUGCCGCAUGAAUUCACUGCCCUGAACGGCUACAACAAGACAUUGAAACGAUCAAUGGUCACUGGCGAACGUGUUGAGGAGGGUGUCACAUUCAUUAGUCCAGCUAAUAUUGAGCUUCCAGAAACCGUUGACUGGCGUAAGAAGGGGGCUGUAACUCCAAUCAAGGAUCAAGGUCAUUGCGGUUCAUGUUGGUCAUUUUCCGCUACUGGAGCCUUAGAAGGACAACACUUCCGAAAGAGCGGUGUCCUUGUGUCAUUAUCCGAACAAAAUUUGAUUGAUUGUUCCGCGGUCUACGGAAAUAAUGGCUGCAACGGAGGCUUAAUGGACUACGCAUUCAAGUACAUCAAGGACAAUGGAGGAAUCGAUACUGAGAAAACGUAUCCUUACGAAGCAAAGGACGACACAUGCCGUUAUGAUGCCACAAACUCCGGUGCCACCGAUAAAGGUUUCGUUGAUAUCGACCAGGGCAGUGAGCAGAAAAUGAAAGAAGCCCUAGCAACUAUUGGACCAGUAUCAGUUGCCAUCGAUGCCUCUCAUCAAUCGUUCCAAUUUUAUUCGGAAGGUGUGUACUACGAACCGGAAUGCGAUUCGGAGAAUUUGGAUCAUGGUGUUUUGGUGGUUGGCUAUGGUACCGAUGAAGCAAGCGGCUCCGAUUACUGGAUUGUGAAAAAUUCGUGGGGAACGUCUUGGGGCGACAAGGGAUACGUCAAAAUGGCUCGUAACAAGGAAAAUCAUUGUGGCAUUGCAACAUCUGCCAGUUAUCCUUUGGUGUAAAUUGAGAUUCGAUGGACUGCAAUUUUACGUUUUUAGUUUUGAUUUUUUUUUCAAUUUUCUUUUUUUUUGUUAAAUUUUUAUGUGUACAUCUGAAAUGAUGCUAGGAUCGCUUAGAAGAUCUGCAUUCAGUCAAUUCAAUCAGUUCAGAAUUUAGAGGCUAAAUGAUUUUCAACCAUUCAGUUAUUACAACAUUUUAUUUUGAUUAUGCCGAACUGUUUCAAGUGGAAUCCUUUUUUGAAUAAACGAUUUUACCGAAAAUAA